UUUCUUUUUUGGUUUUUUGUGUUUUGUUUUGAGCCAUUUUCAAAAAAAUAUUUGAAUUUUUCGACGGAAAAAAAAAACAACGAAAAUAUUUCAAAAUGUCAUUAUACGAUGAUAUAAUAACACUGAAUGAUGAAUCGACAGGUAAAACUUCGAGUAUCAAAUUAUUACAAGAUCAUUUACAACUGAAAAGAACUACUGCAAAGAAUAAUUACAAACAAAAUCAAUCAUCAUUGUAUGGAGGUUACCACAGUCGAAAUUUAUUAUCAUCCAAAGUGGAUGAAAUUCCACCACCACCAGUUAUCGAUCAAAUGAAUAUGACUAAACAAGGUGCUUCAUUGCUUGGUGGUGAUUGGGAUCCAAAAGAUGAAUACGAUCCACGAUGGCCAAAUGAUUAUGAAAAAUUAAUCAAAGAACGUAAAGAACAAGAUAAAAAAGCUUCAAAAGCACAGAUAAUUGCAACUCGAAGUCUUGGACUAGAUUAUGAUGAUGAUGAAGAUGAUGAUGAUGAUGAAUAUGAAAACAAGAAUAGUCAUAAUCGAUCAACAUCUGAUUCAAAACAAAGCAAAACAUUGGCUGCAUUUGCACCACCGCCAUCUUUAUUGGAAAAUGUUGAAAAAGUUACAAAAACAUCAAGUACAUCAAAUCAAAAAACAUCAAAAGGAUUUGAAGUCAGUUCAGUGGCUGCCAAAAUAAUGGCUAAAAUGGGUUACAAACAAGGCCAAGGUCUUGGUAAAGAAGAACAAGGUAUUAAUAAAGCAUUACAAGUGGAAAAAACAAGUAAAACUCAAGGUAAAAUUAUUUGUGAAGAUGAAAAAAUGAAAAUGGAUGAUUUGCCUAUUGCUGAAAAAUUGAAAAAUCCAUCCAAAGUUGUAUUAUUACGUAAUAUGGUUGGUCCAGGUGAAGUAGAUUCAGAAUUAGAACCUGAAACAAAAGAAGAAUGUUCCAAAUAUGGUGAAGUAAUUAAAUGUCAAAUUUUUGAGAAAAAAGAUUAUGAAAAUGAAGAAGAUGCGGUAAAAAUUUUUAUCGAAUUUGCACAUGUUGAUUCAGCUAUUAAAGCAUUAGUCGAUUUAAAUGGCCGUUAUUUUGGUGGCCGUAUUGUUAAAGCAUCAUUCUAUGAACUAGACAGAUUUCGUAAAGGCAAUAUAUUAUAAAUCGAUAGAUUGGGUAAAACAGAUAA